AUGUUGUCUGGACUUCUAACAGAAUGGCAGGGUUUUGAAGAAUUGUUCACAUCAAUGCUAUCCCAUGCUCCAGCUGAUCUUUUGGACGUCGAACGGUUCAAGAUUUUGAAAAUUUCACUAGAAGGUGAGGCCUUGACGCUUAUCGCACAUAUUCCUUUGACAUUGGCAAAUUACAUAAAAGCUUGGGAAGUAUUACGUUCGAGAUACGGAAAUAAGCGUGACUUAGCUUGUAUUCAUUUGGAUGCUCUGUUAUCUCCACAUACAGUCAAGUCAAACGACUCGUCGUUAAUCAAAACUCUAAUCACAUCUAUUCAAGAGCACACCGCUUCCUUGGAUAAUUUGGACUUUUUUACGCGGCAGCGGAGCCCAAUUUUGGUCACAUUUUUGAAAAUCAUCUUGACUAUGACCUCCGAGCGCGUUGGGAGAUCAUGUUGGUGA